CUAGAUUGCUACUGAGAUUGACGGUCUGACGAGAGUACCUUAUCUCGUACUUCGUAAUUGUAGUGUAGCGAGCUAUUAAAUCUGCGUUUUUACUUGUUUUCUUAUGAUUACUCAUCAUGUCAGCCAAGAGCGAAGACAGCAAGGAUGAUAAUCUAAACAGACAAGGUUCAUUCAGGAAACUUGUACCAGGAAACAAUCAUGGAGAUUCUCCAUUAAGCAUGUCAGCGAAAAUGAUUGAUAGACCAAUUGUGUGGCAAAUCAACAAACAACAUGCUAUUUUCUCACAGGAAUACAACAUUUUGUCUGAGUAUAAGAUGUUAUGUUCUCAAGAUUUGAAGGGGAUUUAUGUGAUACCAUCUGCUUUGAAUGCUUUGCUGUGGUUUGGUGUACAGUUCAUUCGGCAAGGAAUUUACAAAGGUGGAGUUUUUAGAUUCACCAUUACACUGCCACCAAACUUCCCACUUGGAGAUUGUCCCAAAGUUGUGUUUGAAACUCAAAUAUUCCAUCCAUUGAUAAAUCCAGAAAGUGGAGAAUUGUGCACGUUGUGGGGAUUUCCUGAAUGGAGAAGGAACAACAGAAUUUGGCAAUUAUUACAGUAUAUCACUAAAAUAUUCACUAAACUAGACUCGAAAAUGACUCCAGUAAACGAGGAAGCGUCCAGCUUGAAUGAAAAUAAUUUUGAAGCUUUUCGAGAACGUGUGAAAACUUGCGUAAAGGAAAGCGUAAAUCAAGUAUUUAACCCACCUACCAUGGAUGAUCCACAUUAUAUUACGUUUGAUCCAUAUGUGAAAGAAUUACAUGACCCCAUUAAACAAGAAAUUUACGAAUCAAAAGACGAAGAAGAAAACAAGCCAUUAGGUUUGUCAUGGGUACAACCUGGUUCACUUCAGCCAUUUUCAAAAUCAGAAGCAAGAUAAUGAAGAAAUUUUAAACAUUGACUAUAGUACGGUGAAAUCACAUACGUCCUUAAGAACUAUACGAAGAAAUUAUCGCUCUCUCGGCAAAGUCACAAAAAUUAUUAC